CUGGGGUCGGGUUUCUUCACCAAACCGUGCUCAGUUGCUUCUUUUUUUUUCGCUGCUGCACUACUUCAUCUCAUCAAGAUUUUGCAGAGAGAAAUUCAAAGCCUGUCGAUUUGCCUCGCCAAUUCCACAAACACAGAUUGUUAACACCCGUUUAUCUGAGUCGCAUUUCAGGCUGAGCUACAUACUUGCCAGCUCGUGAUAUUAUCGUAGAUUAGCAGCAUAAUAUCUGUCGCACAGAAACCAAUAGCAACACUCCUCUCAAGUCCCUGACUCUCCUUUACUCAGAGAGACGUUUACACCUGAACCUGUCAAUCCUCCCCAAAUCGUCCCACUAAAACAUACCUCAAGCGAUAUGCUCCACUUAAUCCGAACUCUGUUUUCUUUGACUUUGGUUUUGGCAUUUACUGUGGUGGCAUACCCUAGCCAAAGUGCUCUCCUCCAAAACGCGCCCAAAGGUUUGGGGAAACGAUUCCAGUCGAUCCGCCCUGAAGCAUCCGCCCCACGGCCAUGGGUUAAGACGGCCCGAGAUUUUCUUCAAGAAGCUCCUCAAGAUACGACGGCACAGCGCCUCGAGAAACGAUCGAUCCAACCCAGAAGUUUUUCGAAAAUUCGCCGACGUGUAGAGGCAGGUAUCGCUACCUCCCGCCAGACAACUGGAUUAUCCAACCCGCGCCCAUGGGUUCAAAAAGAUGAAGUUAUCUCAUCAAUGAAGUGACUGAAGAACAAUUUACUGGUAAAUAGGGGGAUCACGACGUAAACGGCUUCUGGGUCGCUCGGGAUUCUGAAAUUGGGUUCGAUUUAAUUUAUAGCUUCAUAGUGGUUAAAAAAAAUAUGACUUGUACUGCAGAGUCAAUUCAGAAACAGAUUUCUUGUAUAACCAACUCGGAGAGACCUCGAGGAACCAUGUAUGGUUGUGCAGGCCGAAGUUAGGCCAAGAGUAUCAUGAUUACAGGUUAUCAAAG